AUGGAAUCUUUGGCCACAACCAUUCAUUUCGUCACGAUGAACUGCCGAACACAAUCGAGUGAACUUCAACAAGCCGCUCUAUCCAGACUUCUGCGAUAUCCGUGUGUGCUUUUUGUUGCACUGCAGGAAACACGCAUGAGAGAUCGGCCCGUCAUCAGCAUCGAAAAUUACACCAUAUACUGCGGCGAUGCUGAUGAGAACAAAAUCGUAAGUGCUCGCGCACCUAUAGAAACCGCUGAAGACAACAGUAAGGACGCUUUCUAUGAUGAACUCAUUGCGUUGAUGUCUAAACUAAAAAGUCAGCAGGUGGUCAUUGUCGGAGUCGACACAAAUGCAAAGAUGGGACUCGAACAACAAUCCGAUAGGCUAGGAAAAUGGUAUUAUCCUGCGAGGCGCACGUCGAACAACGGUGGCCGUCUGGUCGACUUGUGCGAACAGACAGGCCUCAUCAUCGCUUCCACGUUUAACAGGAAUCAUCGACGCCAUCAGCUCGCGUGGCAAGCGCCAACCCUCUUAACGCCUGAAGAGCAGCGCAAGCGGAAGAUGAGGACUCUUAAGCUUCAGCUCGACUACGUUCUGACGAGGAACAUUCCCCAGUCAGAUAUCCGAAAAUCUAGAGCUGUUUGGGACGCCGCGUUCGACUCUGACCGUCCAGUUCUUCUCACCUUCAAGAUACGAUUCCACAAGAGAAACCGAGGAGUUCCUCUUCAACCGAAAAUCGAAAUGGCAGGACUGAAAGAUGACGAAUGCAGAACAAAAUUCCGCCAUCGUGUGUCUAUUCAUGUUGGAGUACGGACCAGGAAGAAGCUUAGCGAUCGCAAAGUGCAUCCAGGACAAUGCAAGGGAAACGCUCCCGGUUCCAUUGCGGCGGAAGAAGAAAAGCGUCUUAGAAGAAAGUUGCGUCGUCAACUCGUCAACUGCAACAUGGAGUUUGAGGAGGCAUGGGAGAACAAGAACCCGCAGAAAGCCUAUGCUCUACGAAAAAAGUAUAGCGGCAAAAUAAAAAGGUUUCCUCCUGUCCUCAACACUGCCAGUGGAGUCGCUGUCGGUGAAACAACCCUUCCAAUUUGGAGGGAACACUUCAAGACCUUGCUGAACCGGCUAGCACCGUCAGCUCCUGAACUCGAGCACGUUUAUAGACCGACAUAUGCGGUUAACGAGGGACCACCGUCCGAGUCGGAGGUUCUAGUCUGUAUUCAAAAAAUGAAAAAUGGAAGACGACGGGAUUAG